ACCGGCCACAAACGCAACUUUAAGCAGAAGCUGAAGCAGAACAGAAGCAGAAGCAGAAGCAGCGAAACGAAGCGAAGCGAGUCGCGUCCAACGAGAAGUUCUGCGGUUUCCUUCACGACCAGUCCGUCCGAGCCGGUCCGUCACAGCCUGAACAGUUGUGUCACGGUGCUGAGUCCUAACCUGGCGCUGAUCCCCAGGAUGAUGCUGCAGCACCCGGGUCCAUCGCUGGCCGACAUCAGCUGCUCCGCCCUGGUGCCCUGCCUCUCGCCGCGCGCCCUCACCCUGGACGACUUCACCGGCUUCUCGCCCGUCGUGAAGGAGGAGCUGCGUCUGGCCAUCCACGCCAAGCGCCUGUCCAGCGGGCUGAGCGCCGACGCCAGCGCCGACGCCAGCUCCGACGGCGCCAGCUCCGGCUCGGACCGCGGCUCCGGCCGCUCCGCCUCCGCGCCCGGCGCCAAGAGAGAGCUGACACACGAGGAGCAUGAAAGGAGGAAGAGGAGGAGAGAGAGGAACAAAGUCGCCGCAGCCAAGUGUCGCAACAAGAAGAAGGAGAAGACGGAGUCUCUGCAGAAGGAGUCGGAGAAGCUGGAGAGCGUCAACGCCGACCUGAAGGCUCAGAUCGAGGAGCUGAAGCAGCAGAAGCAGCAGCUGGUCUACAUGCUCAACCUGCACCGGCCCACCUGCAUCGUGCGGGCUCAGAACGGCCAGACGCCGGAGGACGAGCGCAACCUCUUCAUCCAGCACAUCAAGGAGAGCACCUUGCAGCUGCACAGCCUGACCUCCGCCUCGUCCUCGACCUCCUCGUCCACAGCGGCGCCGCUGGAGCCCGGACUGCUGAGCCUGGACCACGUCCAGUGCCCCGGUCUCCUAUGAGACCGCCGGCCCGAUGAGGAGGCCACAGACAUGACGCUGAAACAGAGGCCGACUUCGUCCCACUCCAUCGCCGCUGCCGCAGAGCGUCUGGCAUCGAGGGGCCUCGUCUGAUCCACUGGAACCCACAGCUGCUGCAGAACAGGACGACCGGCACCGCUUUGAGUCUGAAGCCAAGGACUGAACAUUUACAGGGGUUCUGAAUACGAUGCCUCGUUUUGUACCAAAGUGUAAUUUCACAGACAGGUGAUCCAGGCACUGAGUUAAAGGUGACGAACGCGCUUGAGGCCAUGCUAUAUAUUUAAGAAGUCUAUUUAUUUAUUGUAACCAGUGUAUGGGCUGCGUCUGCUUGUCUUCAUGCAACCUGCUGCUACUAACCACUCAGGACCUACGCUGGCUGUAGACGUCAUGAUGUGCAGAUUCAGGGUGUUUGCUACGAGCCCAGCGCUCACAAAGGGAAAAGUCAGGCCUGGUGUCCUCACUUAACACUUAUCACGUAUGCACACCAUUGGUUUUCUUAACGGUCCCUAAGAAUUGUAACUUGGACACAAGUUUCUUGUAUUGAUAGAUGCAUUCCCUCGUUUUACAUGUGACUUUAUGAGGUUGUUAUUUGCCACGAGUCUGGGACAGAAACCUGAAGAAGCCGCUCACUGCGAGCGCUGACGCCUCAGACCGGGAUUCUGUGCAGCACUCAUCCUGUCUCUGACUCCUUCAGACUGCAAUCAUUCCUCGAAGGAAACAUCCGGAAUGAAAGCCAGCGUCUAGAAGGUUGGAGUCAGGACAUAAAGGGAAAGCGCUGCUUGUGCGUAUGCUCUGAGAGGCUGCAGACGCCUCGUGGGACGUCUGCAUGCGUCUGCGGACGUCUGCAUGCGUCUGCAGGCUUUUGAAGGCGUCUGCGGACGUCUGUGGACAUUUACGGGCCUCUGCGGACGUCUGCAUGCAUCUGUGGACGUCUGCAUGCGUCUGUGGACGUCUGUGGACGUCUGCAUGCGUCUGUGGACGUCUGUGGACGUCUGCAUGCGUCUGCGGAUGUCUGCGAACAUUUGCAGGCGUCUGCGGACGUCUGCGGACGUCUGCAGGUAUUUGUGGGCGUCUGCGCAGCUUCCUGCUUGUCGUCGUGUUAAUGCCGUGAGAUGCUGCUGAGCACCGUGUGUUUUCUGCCUGCUUGUCAUUGACUCAUUGACCCGGUCGGUAGCAGCAUCGUAGCCCGAAUGAAUAAACUGGACCCAAGUACGACUGCGCUGCUCAAACCAGUAUCUACUUCUGUCUUUGUCACUUUUUGUUUUUGAUACUUUCAGUAAAAAAGUGUGUUGCAAACGAA